UGGAGCCGGGGCGUGGGUAAGCCGCUCCCUUCUUCCUCCUCCUCCUCCUCCUCCUCCCCCCUCCGCCGCUCCAGUCUGGCAGCCAGGCGGCCGCUGCCUCCGGCCGCACUUGGGAAGCGACUCCGGGCCCCGGCGCUGCCGCCGGGAUGGGGACGCCGCUGGCGGCUCCCGGCUUGCUGCUGCUGCUGCUGGCCGGCUCCGCGGGGCCCUGCCGGGCUCUCCUCGCCCUCCCGCUCCGCGUGUCCCACCCCGCCGCCCCCGCCGCGCCGCCGCCCGCCCCGGUGCUGCUGCGGCCGGCCGCCGGCGGCGGGCAGCGCGAUGCCCCCGGGGCCGGGGACGGCUUGGCCUUGGCCUCGGAUCCCGGCGGCACCCUCAACUUUUUAGCCAUGGUGGAGAACCUUCAGGGCGACUCCGGCCGCGGCUACUACCUGGAGAUGCUGAUCGGGACCCCGCCGCAGGCGUUAAAUAUUCUGGUGGACACUGGGAGCAGCAAUUUUGCUGUAGCAGGUGUGCCUGAUCCUGAUGUCACAUCCUACUUCAAUCCUGAUCUGUCAAGCACGUACAGAUCUGAAGGGGUUGAGGUGACAGUGAAGUACAGCCAAGGCAGCUGGACUGGAGUGCUGGGCACAGAUGUCAUCACCAUGCCCAAAGGACUCUAUGGCAGCUACACCAUCAACAUUGCCACCAUCCUGGAGUCAGAGAACUUCUUCCUGCCAGGGGUCAAAUGGCACGGGAUCCUCGGCCUUGCCUACGAUGCCUUAGCCAAGCCUUCCAGUUCUGUGGAGACAUUCUUUGAUUCCCUCGUGAGGCAGGCAGAGAUCCCCAACAUUUUCUCGCUGCAGAUGUGUGGUGCUGGACUCCCUGUUUCUGGCAGUGGUACCAACGGAGGUAGUCUUGUGCUGGGUGGAGUUGAGCCGAGCCUGUACAGAGGGGAGAUCUGGUACACACCCAUCAAGGAGGAGUGGUACUACCAGGUGGAAAUCCUCAAGCUGGAGGUGGGGGGACAGAACCUCGACCUGGACUGCAGAGAGUACAAUGCUGAUAAAGCCAUAGUAGACAGUGGAACCACUCUCCUUCGACUGCCAGAGAAAGUCUUCAGUGCUGUGGUGCAGGCAAUAGCUCGCACGUCCCUGAUACAAGAAUUCUCUUCUGGUUUCUGGACUGGUUCACAGCUUGCAUGCUGGGACAGAGCUGAAAAACCCUGGUCCUUAUUUCCCAAACUCUCCAUUUACCUGAGAGAUGAAAACUCCAGUAGGUCGUUUCGGAUCUCUAUCCUACCACAGCUUUAUAUUCAACCCAUCCUUGUGAUAGGAGAUAAUUUGCAGUGCUACCGAUUCGGCAUCUCCUCCUCCACGAACGCUCUGGUCAUUGGUGCUACAGUCAUGGAAGGGUUUUAUGUCAUCUUUGACAGAGCCCAGAGGAGAGUGGGCUUUGCUGUGAGUCCCUGUGCAGAAGUCGACGGCGCUCCCGUCUCCGAGAUCGAGGGCCCUUUCACCACGGCGGACGUGGCCAGCAACUGCGUGUCCAGCGUUUCCUUCCACGAGCCCGCGCUCUGGAUCGCCUCCUACGCCCUGAUGAGCCUGUGUGGGAUCAUCCUGCUGGUGCUGGUGGUGCUGCUGCUCAUCCCGCCCCGCUGCCAGCACCGCUACACCGACAACGACGUGGUCAACGACGAGUCCUCCCUCGUGCGCCACCGGUGGAAGUGAGAGCCUGGAUCCCAAAAAAACGGACUUGGAAAGCAGGGCUGAGGACAAAGAGCUCUGCCAAGGGGAAGGAGACAACGCCUCCUUGGUCCUUUUACCUUCCUACAAACGCUGUUGAGAAUCCCACCAAAUAUCCUGCAUCGUGACUUUUAUAGCUUUAUUUUCUAACACCGGUUCUGAACCAAAGCACUGUUAACCACCUCUGAAGUGCUACGGUACUGGGUUUGCUACUGCAGUACAAUGAGACUUUAUGCUCUCUACAGUACCUUCUUAAAAAAAAAAACCAACUAAAAAAGUUAAAAAAAAAAAAGAUAAAAACCACACCAUGAUGUUCUUCCACUGUCUGAACAAAAUUGUCCAUCUCUCUUUCAAAAAGAAAAAGGAGCUGUCAGUAUUUUCUAACUAAUCGAGCCCUGACUGUAGAAAAAGAGAAAAAAAUUAAUAAUCUUUCUUAUUAAUUGCAUUAAAUGAAUACUGCUUUCUGUUUA